AUGAGCCUCCUCGGGAGCUACCGGAAAAAGACCAGCAGCGAUGGUUAUGAAUCUUUGCAGCUGGUGGACAGUCACGGGGACUCGAGUACGCGGGGCGCGGCGGCUGGCACGCAGAGGGUGACCGCGGGUGCGGCGCGCAGUCCCUCCCGGCAUCCUCCACACCGCGCCAGCACCACGGACAGCUCAGGUGCCUCCUCUCCAGACAUGGAGCCCAGCUAUGGCGGAGGCCUCUUUGACAUGGUAAAAGGUGGUGCCGGGAGGCUCUUCAGUAAUCUGAAGGACAACUUGAAGGACACCCUCAAAGACACAUCCUCUCGAGUCAUCCAGUCUGUUAGCAGCUACACAAAGGGAGACCUAGACUUCACUUACGUCACCUCCAGAAUUAUUGUGAUGUCCUUUCCUCUGGACAGCGUUGACAUAGGAUUUCGGAAUCAGGUGGAUGACAUCCGGAGCUUUUUGGAUUCCAGACAUCUUGACCAUUACACAGUAUACAACCUGUCACCCAAGUCAUACCGAACUGCCAAGUUUCACAGUCGGGUCUCAGAAUGCAGCUGGCCCAUCAGGCAGGCCCCAAGUCUACACAACUUGUUUGCUGUGUGUCGGAAUAUGUACAACUGGCUACUGCAGAAUCCCAAAAAUGUCUGCGUUGUCCACUGCUUGGAUGGACGGGCCGCGUCAUCAAUUCUGGUUGGUGCUAUGUUCAUUUUCUGCAAUCUCUACUCUACUCCUGGCCCCGCUGUUCGAUUGCUCUAUGCAAAACGACCAGGAAUUGGACUGUCUCCGUCCCAUAGGAGGUACUUGGGCUACAUGUGCGACCUUCUUGCAGACAAGCCCUACCGCCCUCACUUCAAGCCACUCACGAUCAAGGCAAUCACUGUCAGCCCAAUUCCCUUCUUCAAUAAGCAGAGAAAUGGGUGUCGCCCCUACUGUGACGUACUGAUCGGAGAAACUAAAAUAUACUCCACGUGCACGGAUUUUGAACGGAUGAAAGAAUACCGCGUCCAAGAUGGGAAAAUCUUCAUGCCCCUGAACAUCACAGUCCAAGGCGAUGUGAUUGUUUCCAUGUACCACCUGCGGUCAACCAUCGGGAGCCGGCUUCAGGCUAAGGUGACCAACACACAGAUAUUCCAGCUCCAGUUUCAUUCUGGAUUUAUACCACUGGACACGACAGUUUUAAAGUUCACCAAACCCGAGUUGGAUGCAUGUGAUGUACCAGAAAAAUAUCCUCAGCUGUUCCAAGUGACACUGGAUAUAGAAGUGCAGUCCCAAGACAAAGUGAUCGACUUGACUCCCCCAUGGGAGCACUACUGCUCAAAAGAUGUGAACCCCAGCAUCCUCUUUUCCUCUCAGCAGGAGCAUCAGGACACUCUGGUCUUAGGAGGUCAGGCUACAGCAGAUUUCCCUCCAGAUAAUCCCAGAAAUUUCGGGCAAGGUGGCUUCUUUGCCUCCCUCUGUUGGCAAGAUCAGAAAUCAGAAAAGUCGUUCUGCGAGGAGGACCACGCUGCCCUGGUGAAUCAGGAAAGUGAGCAGUCGGAUGAUGAACUCCUGACCCUCUCGAGCCCCCACGGCAACGCCAAUGGUGACAAGCCUCAUGGAGCCAAGAAGCCCAGCAAGGAGCAGGAGCCAGCAGCCCCUCCUCCCCCGGAAGAGGUGGACCUCCUGGGCCUGGAAGGGUCCGACGUGAGCAGGAACUUCUCCCCGCUGGCAGCGCCUCCCAGCAAUUCGGAACUGCUGAGUGACCUGUUUGGGGGUGGAGGUGCCACGGGUCCUGCCCAGGCAGGGCAGGCUGGGGUAGAAGAUGUCUUUCAUGCUAGUGGACCCGCAUCAGCGCAAUCCACACCACGCCGCGCCGCCACCUCCGCCUCUGCGUCGCCAACCCUAAGAGUGGGAGAAGGUACCACCUUUGACCCUUUUGGAGCCCCUGCUAAGCUACCAGGUCAGGAUUUGCUGGGCUCCUUUCUGAACACAUCCAAUGCUUCUAGCGACCCCUUUCUGCAGCCCACAAGAAGUCCUUCCCCUACAGUGCAUGCGUCGAGCACACCUGCUGUGAACAUCCAGCCAGAUGUUGCUGGAGGUUGGGACUGGCAUACCAAACCAGGGGGUUUUGGAAUGGGAAGCAAAUCAGCUGCCACCAGCCCAACAGGUUCAUCACAUGGCACCCCUACCCAUCAGAGCAAGCCGCAGACUCUGGAUCCCUUCGCUGACCUGGGGACACUAGGUAGCUCUUCCUUUGCCAGCAAACCUACCACACCAACUGGACUAGGCGGAGGGUUUCCACCUCUCAGCUCACCGCAGAAAGCAUCCCCCCAGCCGAUGGGUGGAGGGUGGCAGCAGCCCGCGGGCUAUAAUUGGCAGCAGGCGCAGCCUAAGCCGCCAUCCGGUAUGCCUCACUCCUCCCCGCAGAACCGACCCAAUUACAACGUGAGCUUCUCAGCUAUGCCUACCGGACAGAGCGAACGUGGGAAAGGAUCUUCUAAUUUGGAAGGGAAACAAAAGGCUGCUGACUUUGAAGACCUGCUUUCUAGUCAAGGGUUCAAUGCCCACAAAGACAAGAAGGGGCCUCGGACAAUAGCUGAGAUGAGAAAGGAGGAAAUGGCUAAGGAAAUGGAUCCUGAGAAAUUAAAGAUCCUGGAGUGGAUAGAAGGCAAAGAGCGAAACAUCCGAGCCCUGCUCUCUACGAUGCACACGGUGCUGUGGGCCGGGGAGACCAAGUGGAAGCCCGUGGGCAUGGCCGACCUGGUGACCCCAGAGCAAGUGAAGAAAGUGUACAGGAGGGCUGUGCUGGUGGUGCACCCCGACAAGGCUACUGGGCAACCCUAUGAACAAUAUGCAAAGAUGAUUUUCAUGGAGCUAAACGAUGCCUGGUCUGAAUUUGAAAACCAAGGCCAGAAGCCCUUGUAUUAA